UGAAAGUUUUGCACUGUAUCAAUGUGCCCCCACUUUCUAGAUCGGCACUGUGCUCCCUGCCCCACGUCCAAAGACGACACGCGACAGCUCAACUCCUUCUAGACAAGGGAUGCAUGCUCGUUUGUCUGCCCCAAGUACCUCAUCUCAACCUCCCCCGUUCGCCAGAUCCCACCCAUCAUGGCGCCCACACGCUCGCUAGCCCUCCUGGCGCUCUGCGCAGGCCUCAUUCUCGCCGCACCCCAAUCCGAGACCAAGCACGCCCUCGCCGACGCCCUGUCCCUCGACCAGCUCGACGAGCAGCUCCAGUCGUGCGCCAUUGUGCAGGACCUCAACGCGGCCAAGGCAGCCCGGCACGCCGCCGCCCCGAGCUCCGUGACUGAGAAGCUCUUUGCCGUCCUCUUCCCAGGCUCGCCGGCCGUCAACGCCCUCCUGGCGACGCUGUACAUCUCGGGCCCGCCCAACUUCCUCCUCGCGCUGUGCCCGACCAACAUUGACCCGUCGAGCCUCAGCGUCAUGGUGGCCUUUGCCGUCGGCGGUCUGCUGGGCGACACCCUCUUCCACCUGCUGCCCGAGAUCUUCCUCGGCGAGGACGAGCAGGAGCGUAUUCGUCUCGUGCUCGUUGAGCCCAACCGCAACCUGCUCCUCGGUCUCGGCAUCCUCGUGGGCUUCAUGGUCUUUGUAGCUAUGGACAAGGGCCUGCGCAUCGCCACCGGGGGUGCGGGCCACGACCACUCGCACGGCCACGCACACGAGCACGUCGAGGGCACGAGCUCAGCCUUGGACAAGGCGGACGGCGAGGUCAAGAGCAGGAAGAAGGGCGGCAAGGGCAAGGGCAAUGGCAAGAAGGACGACGCGGUCGCCAAGGAGGUCAACCCCAGCGUGAAGCUGGGCGGCUACCUGAACCUCAUCGCCGACUUUACGCACAACAUCACCGACGGUCUCGCCAUGUCGGCCAGCUUCUACGCCAGUCCCACCAUUGGCGCGACGACGACCGUGGCCGUCUUCUUCCACGAGAUCCCGCACGAGGUGGGCGACUUCGCGCUCCUCGUGCAGUCGGGCUUUUCCAAGCGCGCAGCCAUGGGGUCGCAGUUCAUCACGGCCAUUGGCGCCCUGCUCGGCACGCUCAUUGGGAUCGCAGUGCAGGAGAUGGGCGGCGCCGGGGCGGAUGAUGGGGGCGAGGGCAUGCCGCGCACCGCGGGGCUCUGGGGCACGAGCCUGACGUGGGGGGACAUGCUGCUGCCCUUUACGGCGGGCACGUUUCUGUAUGUUGGCACGGUGGCCGUCAUUCCGGAGCUGCUCGAGACGGGUCGGAACAAGGGUGAGGAGCUGCGGAAGACGCUGGUGCAGUUUGCGGCCGUGGCGCUGGGCGCGGGCAUCAUGCUGUACAUCUCGUGGCACGACUAGGGGGUCUUUGAAAGGGGGGCUGGCCUGAUGGGUCUAAAGCGUGGUGUUGUUUGGGGCUGUAUGAGUCGAGAGGGUUUUGAUGGCAAGAAAGGUGAGAUAUAGAGGUUUAGACUGAUGUGCAAGCAAAUAUACGCAUAUCAUGGUUGGAAGCACGGUUGUCGCGAGACAUGGCUUGAGAGCCUAGAUGAGUGUGCUAUGAUAGUGAAUGCAACAACAUGGACAGGAGAUAUGUUAGCGAUAGAAGAUACGCUGCUGUCCAUCGCGUUGAAGGAUGAUACUUUGCAAAGUGUCCACAGACAUGAUUAUGAGUCUGGUUCCACUCUGAUUUUGUCCUCAGUCAAGGUGACUAUCGCUUGAUGGCCACAGUACAUAGCUACGGAUAUCUACCAAAUUCAAGAGCAGCAAUCUUACCG